AGCUAGAGGGUUGUUCUACUUUAAACCCCCACGAUAACAUCAAAAUUAAGACUGCCUACGCCCAUCCGUACAUCUGUUUUUGUUUGGUGCUGAUGUAAAAUGCACCGCAAUCGUACAUUCCUUUUGAAAUUGCAGCUGACUAAUCAAAUUAAAUGGACUCAAACACAAGUUUCGAUGACAUUGAAAACGAGUUGGAUAAUUUCAUCAUUCGCAAGAACCAACAGAAGGAAAAGAAAUCCGAUUCCGAAAUAUCUGGUCCCAAGAUUCAUAACAAUAUUCCCCUAACAAUAUCCCAUAUUUUACGGGUAACUCAAGAUGCGGAGAGGGAAAAUGUUUUUAUAGCUUAUGAUGGGACUAACAAUUCAGCUCCCAUUUACUUUCGCACCUGCUUUGUUUAUGCUUUUGUGGCUGGCUUUGGAACCCACAAUCAGAGCUUCAAUAAAUACAUAAUCGAUGAUGGCACGGGAUCUCUGGAGGCGAGCAUUGCCAAAAAGCCAGGCAUUCGACAAGUAAUUACCUGCCUCAGCAAUGAAGCCACCUCACUGGCCUCCUCGGAGGCCUAUAAACCCAUAGCAGAACGCAUGAUCAGCCUUUCCAGGACCGCCAUGGAAUACAUAGAUCCUUCGCCCAUCACCAGAGGCAAUAGUCUCUUUCUACGCGGUCGUCCCAAUUUCUACAGGGAUAAAGUGGGCCUGGAUGCUUUUUCCUUCUUCAUCGACAGCGGCAGAUCUCGGAAAAUGGAAAUUGGCUUUGCAGAUCACCUAACAGACUGGCACAAACAAAACAAAAGUGAUAACUAA